UAUAUAUUGCCAGACAUUAUGGUAUGGAUGCAGGCUGCACGGUAUGCGGACAAACAAAAGCACAUAAUGCACGCUGAAAGCGCAUUAAUAGUUCCGCCUCGGGGCUGUUUAAACAGGAGUUUGGCGGCGACCAGUCAGCCAGCGGCAGGUCACAUGUUGCAGCGUCAUUGUGUAGUAAAGUUACUGUAGUUGCAAAGAGGCUCCUCAUUUCAGCUCCAGAGGUCUCUCAUCCCGUGCUGCUGCUGCUGCUGCUGCGUUUCAGCAUGCGACAACUUCAGUUUCAGACGAUCUCCGAAGGAACCGUGCAGCCAUGGGAGUACAUUACCUCACCCAUGCAAUUUCCACCAUCAAUAAUUUAAUCUAUUUGCUCCAAAGCUGAAUAGAAUAUCCCGAAGCUUGUCGGUACAGAGAGGAAAAUAUCGCUUAAGUAAAUUACUCAGGGAGUUGUCCAAAACUUCCCAGAUGACACCACUGUCCUGGUGUUGAAUGGUCUGUUUUACGACUGGGCAGCAAAAGUUCCACCAGGUUAGAAGAGUGAUGACCAUCCUGUUCCUUACUAUGGUUAUUUCAUACUUCAGUUGCAUGAGAGCUGCGCCCCUGAGAGACGCCCCGGGCAUGCGGGGCCAUCGGACGGAAGGCUACUUGGGCGCCGCUGCGGCCGCACGAGGCCAUGGGACUCCACAGAGUGGUGGUGGGCCAGGCCAGCGUGGGGAACUGCCCUCACUCACAGACACGUUUGAGCAGGUGAUAGAGGAGCUGCUGGAGGUGGAGGGAGAGGCAGCACAGCUGGGACAGGGGGCUGAUAAGAGCCAGGGAGGUGGGGGCCCGUCCUCUGUGGUUACCACAGAGACCAAGGAUGUCGACCUGUACGACUCGCGGGUGAUGAUCAGCAACCAAGUGCCUUUGGAGCCACCGUUGCUCUUUCUUCUGGAGGAAUACAAAAACUAUCUGGAUGCCGCUAACAUGUCCAUGAGGGUGCGGCGACACUCCGAUCCCUCGCGGCGCGGAGAGCUCAGUGUGUGUGACAGUAUUAGCCAGUGGGUGACAGCUGUGGAUAAAAAGACGGCAAUAGACAUGUCUGGGCAGACAGUUACCGUCAUGGAAAAGGUCCCUGUUCCCAAUGGCCAACUGAAGCAAUACUUUUAUGAGACCAAAUGCAACCCCAUGGGGUACACAAAGGAGGGCUGCAGAGGAAUAGACAAGCGGCAUUAUAAUUCCCAAUGCAGGACAACCCAGUCCUACGUGCGAGCACUUACCAUGGAUAGCAAAAAGAAGAUUGCCUGGCGGUUUAUAAGGAUAGACACUUCAUGUGUAUGCACAUUGACCAUUAAAAGAGGGAGAUAGUGUAUAAAAUGUAUAGAUUUUAUUGAAGAGUUUAAAAAAGAGAAUAAAGAGAAAAUAUCUAUUUGUAUAUAUACAUAACAGGGUAAAUUAUUCCGUCAAAUGAAAAUUUUAUGGACUGCAUGUAAAAAAAGAUGAAGUUUAUACAGUAAAAGUGAUACUACAGUCUAUUUAUUGAACAUAUUCAUGACCUUGUAAACAAUUAAAAAAAAUCUGAUCAGUCAUUUGCGCCCAGUUUAAAUUACUAUAUCACAUCCCUCAAGACAUUGUGAUUUGUUUACGUUGCCAAGAAUUAGAAAAAUGAAGGGAAAAAACAGGCAAGGAAUGAGAGAGGACAGUUCCAUCUUCAAAAGCUUGCAUGCUGCUUCAAUUGUGAAUUGAGAAAUUCUCCACUUACAAAAAAAGGAUAUGAUGCUGACCAAAAAACAUUCCGUUUACAUAUUCAGCAGAAAACAAUUUUCCUCUCAAGUAAUUUAUCUGUUUACUGUUCUAAACUUCUCAAGGUAAUGUUGGACUUACAUACUAUGUCAAGGUGCUGUUGUCAAAGCUUUGCUGUUUAUUUUUUUAUCCCCACCAGAGGACAAGCAUAUAUCUCUUUUAUAUAUAUAUAUCUUGUAUAUAUAUAUACACAUUCAUUGACAUGUUUCUGGGUUAA